AUGCCAAAAAAUCAUUUCAGAUCGAAUAAUAAGAGCGCAAGAGGCGGCGGAGAUUCAUCAGGCAAUGGUUCUAAUCGUGGCCGCGGUGGAUUUAGAGGCCGCGGAAGAGGUCGUGGAACGCCACGCACCGGCAGAGGCGGCUUACAGUACCAGCCAGGCUCAAUGAAUACAAUGGGCCUCGAUUACAACCAAAUGAAUACAGAAUCUGAAUUGCCAAGAUAUUCAACUGUAGAUAUACAUAAGUCUGCUCCGACUGCCCCAAAGAAGGACAGAGGUCCUGGCAUCAAACAGCAGAUGCCUUACUUCGUCAACGAUAGCAAAGGCAAAGCCAAGGGCGGCCACAAAGGACUCGGCUAUGUACGUAAAUCUGCAGAAGAGGAGGCUGCGAUUGCAGAGCGCAAGAUGGGCAAAGGAAAGUCUAGAGGCGCCAAUCCAAAUGCAAACCCACUACUCCAACCAAUUGCAUUCGUUAAAGGCACCUCGUCAUGGGAUAAAGAUAUGGAUUUAAGCAAAAUAAAAAUGGCAGCUGAAACUAAGGAUGCUGAAGAUGUCUUUGUGCAAAUUCCGACAGAACAAGUUGCAGAUGAAACAGUCGACCAGACAGUCGAUACAAGUGAUGCUGGAGACGUGUUCGCAGAAGAGGAAGACGUUUCAAAUAUUUUGCAAGACGCGCCCGACACUAGCAACUUUGCUACAUCAGCUACAGAAUCUGCAUUUACUGCAGGCGAAGAGGAUGAUGUGGAAGAAAAGGAAACUCAACAAGUAAAGCUCGACACUUCCAUGCCUUCAAUCUCGAAAUUGAAUAUCGAAGAAUCAAGCAUAGGAGACAUGAGCUUAAUCAAUACAAGUAUCGCUGAUACCAGUAUUAACACAGUCACCGAACCAAAUGCUACAAAAAACGAUAUCAAGGAUGACGAGGAGAUUGAGGAUCAGAUGAUUGACAAUGAUGACUUGUUCGUUGUCGACUCAAAUCCAUCUGAAGUACCUGAAUCGUUGAAACCCAAGGAUUCAGCUGCAAUUGUUGUUAAUGAGAGAGUUGAUGAUGCAGAAGAUGUCGAGAUGUCUGCUAACCCACAUCACACCUUCUCCAGAAGUGAUAUUGUCGAAGUCGAAGAGCCUGUUCUGUCCAAUGUACCCGAAAAGAAGAAUAGCAAGCUAUUCACGACGAUGCAGAAUGAUAACCUUUUCAAGAAUGUACACGAACUUGGACAGAUGUUUGCGACUGGAAACAAGCCAACAUUCCAAGAUUUCACGUUCUCGUCAGAUUUCAAUAAUAAAAAGAAUAAUAAGAAAGACAAGAAAAAUAGGAAACAAGGCGAAAAGCUAUUUGAUGAGCCUCUCGAGGCACGUGAAGGUGACUCAGAUUUGGAAUGGGGUAGUGAUGGCCCACCGCCACCAAAAAACAAACACAGCAAGAAGGCAAACCAAACUAAAAAGCCAACCUUAGAUGAUGAGCUCGUCGCUGACUGGCUUGAGAACACAAGACAGGACGACAGCGAUGAGGAGUCUGGCGGUGAGACUGCUGCCGGUCCUUUCGGUGCUGAUGACACUGCAUUGCGCUCCUUCGCCAACAGUAUGUCUCAAAACCAAAAUACCAUCACGGACUUGAAAAUUGAUAAACGUCUUCGCAAAGAAGCUCGCGAGGAAGCAGAACUUGACGGCGAAUCAUCAAGCGAUUCUGACGAUGUGGACUCCGAAUUCGAGAAAGCGGAAGACUUCAAAUUCGACUUCUCUGACAAUGAGAGUCUGGAAAUGGAGGAUGAAAUGUAUCUAGACUCUAGUCUUUCUUCAGAUGAGGCUUACGAGCUUGGUAGAGCACGUGCCAAGGCAGCAAAGUCAGAUGGCGUAGUCACUCAGCGUGACCGCAUGGGUAAAGGUGCGAACAAAGGAAAAAAGAGAGCUGAUGACUUUAUGGAUGACUUUGAUGAGUUGAUGGAAUUCGAUGACUUCGAAGGCAAGCACAAUAAGUGGGAUGAAGAGGAGCAAUUCUUAGAUGAGCUCGCUUCCAUCAUUGAAAGCAAGAAACAAAACCUUCAGAAAGCCAAGUCAUCAUCGCGUCAAGGCUCACGCCAGGGCAAAUACUCGUAUGAUGAUUAUGGUGAUGUGUAUGGCGAUGACGGUGAAGAUUCGGAGGAGGAUUUCGCACUCGAUCCUCGCGAUCUCAUCUUCCCAACAAGCUCUAAGAAAAAGAAAGCCAAAGUACCACCACAAUUGCAGCGUAUGUGGGAUCAAGACAGAGCUCGCAAAGCAGAAAAGAAGAAGAUUCGAGAGCAAGUUAGAAUGGCUGAUGCACUGUCACCGUACACAAAGACGAAAGGUAAGAAGGGCAAGAAAAUGCAAGCAAAGGCAAUAAAAGCAGCUGCAGAGUUGUCUGAUGAUGAGAUGCUUCCAGACUUUUACAACACCGAAACUAUCAAUACCGAAAUACAAUCAUUUGUCGACGUUCCUCAGAGAAAGAUGAUGAAGUUACCACCAAUGGACAACAAAUCAAGGAAGCAAAUACACAUGCUCGCUGAUACUUACGGUCUCAAAUCUAAAUCGAUCGGUAAAGGUGUUGGUCGGCAUAUUAUGCUGUUGAAGACAGGCAGAACCGGUCAGAACGUCGAUUAUGGAGUUGUUAGCAAAGCCGCAAAGGCAUGCGACAAGGGUGGUAUUGGUAACUUCUACAAGACUCUUCAUCUUGCUCGCAAGGCUGCUUCAGGAAGCAAGAAGGGUGAUGGAGGUGCGAAGCCGAAGAUGAUUAAACACACAGAGGGCACUAUCGUCGGGCAUGAAGCCCAGCCAAUCGGACAAGAGUCCGUCGGAUACAAAAUGUUGGCCACGAUGGGUUGGAAUCAUGGUCAGAAGAUGGGUCAAUCUGGCGAAGGAUUGGAAGCGCCAGUAGCAGCUGUCAUCAAAAACUCCCGUUUAGGAUUGGGUGCAACUUAA